CUCGGGGUCGUGGUGCCAGUCCUUCCCCUGCUGUGCAGUCGCCGCCCGGACAGGGACUGGGGAGCCGGGUUGGGGCAGAGGCGCGAGCCACGAGACUAGCGCCUGAGGUGCCCUGGAGGAGCCAUGGAAUUGAACAGCAAGAAGAAACUCCAUGCCCUGUCCCUGGCCGAGAAGAUCCAGGUCCUGGAACUCCUGGAUGAGUCUAAGAUGUCCCAGUCAGAGGUAGCUCGGCGUUUCCAGGUCUCCCAGCCACAAAUCUCACGCAUCUGCAAGAAUAAGGAGAAGCUGCUGGCAGACUGGUGCAGUGGUACAGCCAACAGGGAACGCAAGCGCAAACGGGAGUCCAAAUACAGUGGGAUCGAUGAGGCUCUGCUCUGCUGGUACCACAUCGCCCGGGCCAAGGCCUGGGACGUGACAGGACCCAUGCUUCUCCACAAAGCCAAGGAAUUGGCAGAUAUCAUGGGCCAGGAUUUCGUGCCCAGCAUUGGCUGGCUGGUCCGCUGGAAACGCCGAAACAAUGUAGGCUUUGGGGCUCGCCAUGUCCUUGCCCCUCCAUUCCCUCCCGAACCACCUCCCCCAGGGCUCACAUCUCAGGCCCAGCCGCCUCUUUCCCUUAAAGACUUCUCCCCAGAGGACAUUUUUGGUUGUGCCGAAGUGCCCUUGCUGUAUCGGGCAGUGCCUGGCAGAGCAGCUGCCUAUGAUCAGGUGCAGGUACUGCUGUGUGCCAACAGCAGUGGCACGGAGAAGCGGCGGGUAUUGGUUGGCGGGCUCCCCACCGCUCCAAGAUGCUUCUUUGGGGUCAGCAGUGAAGCGCUGCCUGCCUCCUACUACCCUGACCCAGGCAUCCCCUGGUCAAAAUGGUUGACGCAGUUUGACCAGGACAUGAGGCAGCAGGGCCGACAGGUAGCCUUGCUGCUGGCUGCCCGAGUGGUGGAGGAGAUGGCCGGCCUGCCUGGGUUCCACCACGUGAGGCUCCUGCCUCUGUCCGCCUCCAGCACCACACCUUCCCUGCCUGGCUCUGUAGUCUGGGCCUUUAAGGCCCACUACCGACACCGACUGCUGGGCAAGCUGGCUGCUGUCCAGAACGAGAAGGAUGGCACCUCGCUGGCGGAGGCGGGGGCCGGCAUCACGGUGCUGGACGCUCUGCACAUGGUGGCCGCUGCCUGGGCCAAGGUGCCUCCUCAGCUCAUCUUAAGCAGCUUCAUUCAGGAAGGGCUUGCUCCUGGUAAAAUGCCCCCAUUCCCAGACAAAGACUCUGAGAUGCCACCGGUCCCCAGGGGACUGAGCCGGGAAGAGUUUUCCCACUUCGUGGACCUGGAAGGCAAGGAGCCAGGGCCUGGAGUAUGCAAAGAAGAGAGGGGCACUGAUGGCGAGGAGGCGGGCAGGGAGGACGGCUUCGAGCCCUUGCCCACCAAGGCUGAUGCCCUGAGGGCCCUGGGCACCUUGAGGAGGUGGUUUGAGUGCAACGGCACCUCCCCGGAGCUCUUUGAAAAGUUCUACGACUGCGAGGCCGAGGUGGAGCGACUCUGCUGCCUGUGAGGCGCGGGCCCCACCAGAGCCCUUCUGCACUGUUUCCCAUGGAAACGCCUCUCCAGAAGGCAGAUCGGCUCUUUCCUGUGGAAAUACAGUGUGUGGAAGAGAGGAAUUGGGACUCCAGGUCUAAGUUCAGAGCCAAAGGGCUCAAGCCUGAGAAGAGGCUCCACAGGUGGGGCCUGGAGGUUGGGAGUCUGGGCUAUGUAGUUUCCAAACCCUGUAGAAUGUUCUAGAGCCUUGGGAAGGAGUUUGGGGAAGCUGAGACUUGGCAAGGUAGGACUUGGGCUUCAUAGACAGUGGCUCCAUCCCUUGAACACUGUGUUAAAACAGUUCUGCUUCGGGAAUAAAGUUUUUAACUAGAAAGAGGCCAGGGUGUGAUUGUUAUCGGAGGAGGAUAAAAUCUUUCAAUUCAAAUUUGAAAGACCAACUGCUGACAGUUGCCCCGGUGCAGCUGUGGGUGACUAGUUGGGCUCCUCCUCCCAGAGUUCCAGCAUCCAGGACUCUCAGGUGUGGACACUCCUCCUGGCCCAUCCUGGUAAGAAGUGAGGCUUGAGGACAGACAAAUCUAGAGGAUGGUCCCUGACAUUCUACAGCUUUGAUCGCUUUAAUCUCAGAUUUUGUGUGUUUGGGGUGGGGGUGGGAGGUAGGCCAGGGAUGCAAAAAGGAGACAGAACUUAAAAUAAUCAUUUAUUCAUUCAUUUUGGUAUUCAUUUGUUCAUUUCACAACAUCUCUUCAGCAAGGCCUCCUAUGUGACAAGAUUGCAGAGUGGAGUCACAAAGCCUUGUGCAAAGUGCUGUGGAGACUCUUGGCAGUGGUGAGCUUCGAGCUACACCUGGAGGGGCAGACAGGAAUGGGGAGGACGCUCCAGGUCAAGGGACAGCAGGCACAGAAGCCAACUGGGAGUGAGGGAGCACAUCAGAAUGUGGAAUGCAUGGGAAAUCGGGGUUCCAGGAGCCCCCAGGUAAACUGGGGCUCCAGUAGCAGAGCGACUAGCAACCCUGUCCUAGUGGGAGAUGUAGAGGCUGCACAUGGGUGUUUGCCUGUGGCUUUCAUGGGACACUUCACCUGGCGGACUGCCUAAUGCCUACUUUCUGACCGGUAACCAGGUGUCACUUACAUGGGAAAUUUGUUUAUCCUGGCAGAAGCCCUGUGGCUCUUGUCUCACCUAUGCCCAUUCAUGCCUGCCUGGUUAGAGCUCUGGCACUGCAAGCCAGAUCUUGUGUGCUCCCCAGUGUCCUGGGGGGAAAUCCGCCUGAAACCAUCAUGGUUCAUCAGGUACAGAAUUCAGGUGCAAAUUCAAUACACGCCACAAGAGGAAACGGGUUCAAAGGUUUAUUAUUUACAGAUGCUGGGCAGGGAAGGCAGUGAGUAGGAGGUCACUUCUCUGUCCCAACAUCACUUGAGGCAGGAAUGAAGAGACAGGCACAGUGGGAGGGGAGCCACUAGCGUAUACAAUGGGUCACUUUAUUUUUUAUUUUUGGUAAGAGAUGUGGUCUCUGGGUGUGGUGGCUCA